AUGUUGCUGUGGCCGCUGAUGGUGAUGGUGGCGGCGGCAGCCGUGAUGAGACCGUGGCCGCUGGCCAGAGCUCAGACUCUGUGCCGCACCCGCACAGUGAGGACAGGAAAAGUGUUUAAUGUUUCCAAGCAAGCCCAAAGGGAAUCUCUGCGUUUCUCUUCUACGACUGUCUUGCUUAGACAUCCUUGUGAGAGAAAUAUAGCUGUGUAUCUAGGGCAACAGAUUUUUUUCACCAGAGAUAACUUUGAGAGUAGCCUCCUCCCAUUCACCAUGCCUGAGUGGACAAUGAUAACUGCACCAGAAGUCACCUCGGCGCACUUUUCAGGAGGAGCCUUGCUACUGGUGGUGAGUGGAAAGGUCUUCGUGUACAACUACAGAGAUAACCUCUGGUUUCAAUCUCAAGGUAUAAACCACCCUGUUUCACAUGUCAGUGGUGAUAAUUGCUGCUUUGCUAAAAAUGCCUUGUGUGUGGAAAUAAGCAACGACAUCUUUGCCUACAUGCAAGGAGAUGAGCUGGCUCAGGCUCACAUCUAUUUCUCCAAUAACGGCGGCUACAGCUUUGACUUGUUCGUCUUUGAAAGCCAGGCUGCAAACCCUGGAAUGUUAGGGGGAAUCUUUCACUUUCACCCCUUGUCACAGAUCGGCAUUCUUAUUGUUGACAAAGGAAUGGCCAUGUUCCAAUACACGGACUACCCACUCAACCGCAGCCUGGGCAUGGCCUUCCCAUACAAAGAUACCAUGAAUGUCGUCCUCACCCCGGGCCAGAAGGGCUUUAUCAUCCUCUGGAGCCAAAACAACCUGUUUGUGUCUCCCAACUCAGGUCAGCUUGUGAACACUGUCCAGUUACAGCAAGAAGGGAAGAUCCAGUUUCCCUCCAUCUUCGAUACCAACAUCACCAUCCACAACAUCGCUGCCAAUGAAAAUGAACUGGCAGUGUUAACACGGGAGAGUAAUUUGUUCUAUGGGAAUCUGGGAUUCCUGUCUACUCCUGCAAUCAAACUCGUAGACCAGUCCCUGUGGUCUCCGGAGGCAGCCUUGACAUUCCAUAGUUCAGGGAUGCUGGAAAUCCUGACCCCGGUUGUGGACACGGCAUUCGCGGCUUUCGAUUUCCAGAAGUGCUCUAUGAACAUGCAGGCCAUUCUCAUGGACCCCAACCUCCACAUUGAGAAGUGCAAGAUAGAGCUGCUGGAGGGCCAGUUUGAUGAAGACCUUUACACCAUCGAUAUGAAAAGCAGCCUGCUUCUGUCAGCCUUCUUCAUUCCGCGGCCUGGCACGUCCCCCAUUCCACUAGUGAUGGUGAGCAACCCCCACUCUCUGGGGCUGCAUGCAACCAUGAGUGAGUUCGGGAGCACUCUGGAUGGGAACACCCAGUACAGGCUGGACAUUAAACUGGAGCAGCAGCAGCACUCGGGCAGGACGGACCCCAAGUUUACCUCCAGCAUCAAGCGGCCCACCCUGUCUACCUUAACUGUGGACGUGGCCAACAAGGACAUUUCCUGCGUGGACAUGAAGCCACUGUCGACACUCAUCUCUGUGGGCUGUGACCUGAGGAAGAAGAUCAUGGUGCAGAACAAAAUCUCUGCCUGCUCCAAGGGCAUCCUAAACGCAGUGGAACUGCAGAAGAACUACACCUACGUCGUGGAAAAGGAGUCCUAUGACCCCAACUUCCUGGGUCACAAGGCCACCAACGACCUGUUCGUGACUUACCCGUAUAAUGAGCUGGGCUGUCCCCGCCUUGUCUACUUCAACGCCCCAUGGAAGCCGGUGGUGGAACUGUGGCAGGGAGACGAGCUGCAGGAGGUGGUGACGGCGGAGUACGUGCUCCUGGAGGUGAACGGGCUCUUCACCUACUCCUACUCGCUGACGGCAGGCACCGCCCUGUGCCACACGCAGCCGCAGAACUGGACCACCAUCAAGCAGGACUCCACCACCUGGAACCGAGAGAACUACGUCAGCUGCUGGGAGCCCAGCGAAAACCCACCUCUGCUGUGGCCUGAUGUGCCCUAUCAGGUCCUGGGUGGCCCCACCAGCAACGAGAUCAUUUUCGACCAACGGAACGGCAUCUACAUCUUCUACCUGUCCAUUGUGGACCCCCACUACAGCUACUGCCACCUGUACACCACGUUCAGCAUCUAUGUGUACGGGGCCUACCCGCUGCCCGAGGUGCCGCCCGAGAUCACCAUCUUCCUGCUGGUGAUCGGCAUGCUGCUGUGCCUGUGGCUGGCCUACAUCAUCCCCAAGCUGCCGAACACACAGUGCGGCCUCUCCAUCAAAAACUUCUGGAGGUGGCUGGGCACCAAGAGUUGGGGUACCCGUCCGGCAGACGCGGGGACCUACCCCUGCCUGGCUGUGGGAAUCAGACACGGCGGGGCGAGGCACCCCGACCCGCACCGCCCCUAUGCGGCCACCAAGGGGACACGACGGAGUGGAGCGUAA